GGCUCCAAUGACGUGAUGCCUUCUUUUUUUUCACCGUAUGCUGGUUGGAAUUUGGAGCAGGCGCUGACGGAGCGGCAGCCGCAGCUGGAGAAGACCAAGGCGCUGCGGGCGAGGGCGCCGCUGUCGAGGAAGGCCAUCGCGGCGCUGUGCGUCGCUAGCUUCGUCGCGGGGCUGCUGCUCAGCGGUAGGGUGGCGCUGAUGCCGGCGGACGCGAGCGGGGACGGCGGCGCCGCCAAGGAGGGCGUUCGUGUGUCUGGGGGCUGCGGCGGCAACAAGCGUAAACUAGGAGAGAACCACCCCAAGGAUCUCCUGAACGAGGUGUCGAGGACUCACCAAGCAAUCGAGUCGCUGGACAAGGCGGUGUCCACCCUGGAGAUGGAGCUCGCCGUGGAGCGCGCGAGGAGCGGCGACGGCGGCGGCACGGCCGUGGCAUCCAAGCCGCCCCAGAAGGCCUUCGUCGUGAUCGGCAUCAACACGGCCUUCACCAGCAGGAAGCGGCGCGACUCGCUCCGCGACACCUGGGUCCCCAGAGGGGAGAAGCUGAGGAAGCUGGAGAUGGAGAAGGGGAUCGUGAUCCGGUUCGUGAUCGGGCACAGCGGCGCGCCGGGCGGCGGGGCGCUGGACCGCGCGCUGGACUCGGAGGAGGCGGAGACCCGGGACUUCCUGCGGCUGGACCACGCCGAGGGCUACCACGAGCUGUCCUCCAAGACCAGGAUCUACUUCACCACCGCCGUCGCCACCUGGGACGCCGACUUCUACGUCAAGGUCGACGACGACGUCCACCUCAACCUCGGGAUGCUGUCGAGCAGGCUGGCCAAGCACAGGACGCGGCCGAGGGUGUAUGUCGGCUGCAUGAAGUCCGGCCCUGUUCUUUCUCAAAAGGGAGUGAAGUACCACGAGCCAGAGUACUGGAAGUUCGGGGACGAGGGCAACAAGUACUUCCGCCACGCCACCGGCCAGAUCUACGCCAUCUCCAAGGACCUCGCCGCCUACAUCUCCAUCAACCAGCCGAUCCUGCACAGGUUCGCCAACGAGGACGUCUCGCUCGGCGCGUGGCUGAUCGGGCUCGAGGUCGAGCACGUCGACGACCGGAGCAUGUGCUGCGCCACGCCGCCAGAUUGCGAGUGGAAGAAGCGAGCCGGGAACGUGUGCGUGGCGUCCUUCGACUGGUCCUGCAGCGGCGUCUGCAAGUCGGUGGACAGGAUGCGGCACAUCCACAAGGCCUGCGGCGAGGGCGAAGGGGCCGUCUGGAACGUCGCCAUAUGAUCCGGCCGGCCGUCUCGUCGAAACCGUUGUUUGUGUGCGUGUGUGGGUCUUCACCUGCUUUGCUUUGGCGUCCAACAAUUUGUGGAAAUGAGAAGGCGAGGGGGGAGAGCUUGGGAAAGCCGCUGUUCAGCAUGAACAUUCUGUAUGGCCGUUUUGGUUUUGAGACGCCGUGAUGUGUGAUUCACGUUAGAAUGCAUGGAUUGGUGUGUGAAUGCAAUUGCUGAAGCAGAAGGAAGUUGAAUGAAUGAUGCUUGAUCGAUCAA